AUUCUGUCUGUUGUAUUCUCUGGUGGCCUCACUUCUCCCAGACUUUAUCCUUCGUAAUUUAAAAUAUUAUCCUCAUACUUAAUACAAUUCUUCUGCCUUUCUACGCUGAAGCAACUCUCCCUGGACAAUAUCUGGCCAUGUAAGACUCUGAAAUGAAUGUUGACUUCUGUUCCGUUCUAAGCCUCUGAGUCUCGAAGCUUCAUCAAAAUGAAGUUACUUCUUUGGGCCUGCAUCAUGUGUGUCGCUUUUGCAAAGAGGAGACGUUAUCCUUUCAUUCAUAAGAAAUCACCCUCGUCCACUGAAGAGGAUUACUUUGGAAAUCGCUACCCACUUAAUCCAUCUCUGAAUAUCCCGUUUGGCCUAUGGAAUGAUAAUUUGCCACCUUUUCUUUUGCCUCCUUUUAACACUCAACAAGGAAACACCAUCACCAAAUUCCCUGGAAGUUCUGAACUUGAAAAAGGGUUAUCUCUAUAUCCUUGGAUUGCCACUCCUUCUAAACUUCGCUAUGUAUACCAAAGUCUCAACUACCCAGCUGAUGCUCCAUUGAAUGGUCCCCCAGUCGCCCCUCUUCCUCCUCCCAAACACUUUCCUCCCAGGCCAUACCCCUUUGUCAUACCUCCAAAGAUUUCUGUCAUCUCACCUGUUAGACCUGAGCCCGUAGCAGUUCCUGCUAUGCCUGCUGAAGGUGAGGGUCUGGUACCUGAGUUCCCUGUAGACAAACCUAUUUUAGGUCUGCCUCAGGCAGUCAAACUUGGAACACCCGUGCCACCCUCCGGACCCAAACCUCUUGCACCCGAACCUGCUCCAUCCCCGUUUGGUGCACCUGAGCCUGCCCCAGUCCAGUUUGGUGCACCUGAGCCUGCCCCCCACCAGUUAGAGGCAGCUGUCCCUGAUGCAUCCCGCCUCAUGGCACCUGAACCCGCUGUACCCUUGUCUGUGGGAGCACAGUCACUAGCUGAAUCCCCUGCAGGCCUGUCUCCCGAAAACAAACCUACUUCAGGUGAGCCUGCUGCAACACAGUCUCUGCCAGCCUUGCCUGCUGCAGGCCUGGCUGUUGAAGCCAAGCUUCCUGCAGCAGAAUCUGCUGCAGGCCGACCUCCUCCAGCUGAACUUAUGGCGAGCCAGUCUGUUGUGGGAAAACUUAUUACAGCUGAGCCUACUGAAGCAAAACCACAGGUACUUGAGCCUGUUGAGGCCAAAUCUGCCAGCCAAGAAGCACAGCCUUUUUUUUACCAGGUGCCAAUGAACAAACCAAAAGAAAUCUAAAUUUUUUCUCUUUUCUCAACAAAUAGUUUAUAUGUUUUAUUAAAACUAUUAGUCUAUCC